UUCUGGUUCCCUUGAGUCUGGACCCAAACACGGCCCACAGGAACCUUCGGUUAACAGAACAGAACCAGGCUGUGGCUUGCAGUAUUGAGCCCCAAUCAUAUCCAGAACAUCCGGACCGCUUUGAGUCGUGGGCCCAGGUGCUGAGCAAGGAAGGUCUGACAGGUCGCUGCUACUGGGAGGUGGUCUGGAGCGGACAGUACGGCGUCGACCUCGCAGUGUCAUACAAAGACAUCAACAGAACUGGGCAAGGAGACGACAGUGGGUUUGGGUACAACAGGCACUCCUGGAGUCUGGACUGUUCCAUGUUCAGAUACGCACUAGUGCACAACAACGAGGAGACGGAGAUCAGUGUACACCUGUCCCACCGGAUCGGGGUGUAUCUGGACCACCGGGCAGGACAGCUGUCCUUCUACAGUGUCUCAGAUACCAUGAUCCUCCUUCACAAAGUCCAGACCAGGUUCACUCAACCUCUUUAUCCAGGAUUUGGGCUCUUUCAGGGCUCAACUGCA